AAGAUCCGAACAUUGAGGUAAGUCCGUAAGUGCUCAUUCAAGCCACUAAUAAGAGGCGCCAAAUUGUAUCAUCCUUUAGGUAUACCAUAUACAUGUAUGGUUAUUGUUUGUCAUCAGCUGUUUAGAUUAAAAAGAAUUAGCAAAGGCUCCUCAAAAAGAACCAUGCCACUCUGCUUUAAUGUGUGGUUUAGCAUAUGAAGGUGAAAGUGAAAGUGAAACAUAUAGAGAGAUGAGAUGAGCCUGAAUGACAACUGACAAGAAUAGUUCUCUAAGUCUAAAUUGAAUCAGGGGGGACAAGGAGUUUGGCUAGCGGGCUGUAGUUCAUUUGCAGCUUGGAAAUGUUUCACUGUUGUUUCCUGAGACUUGUUAUUUAUUUUUUGUUAUAAUAUAUCUUGGGGAAGGGCAAAAUGUUGCUUGGAUUCUGCGAAGGCCUUCCUACCAUGUUUAAGUGUGAAGUGGGAAUGAAUGGCUCCCAAGGACUUCUCAUAAGAUGGUGAAUUUCAUUUUGAGACUGAGAUGUUGGAUUUCUACAAAGCCAAGGUUGUUAGUGAAGAUUUGGUGAUCGUGAAGAAGAUUUUUAAUGAAGGGCAACGAUGGGAAUCUCCAAGAGAAGCUUAUGAAGUAACAUCUUGGUACCUAAAGGGUUUUGAGAUGGCAAUUGGCACAUUGGCUCUGGCUCUACGAGAGAAGGCUUCCAUAUUAGUUUCAAAUGCCUACCUAAGUAAAUCUCCUUUGUUGAAACAACAGAAGACCUUGAGGAUGGUCAAUUUGAAGUUGAAUCGAUUCAUUUUAUUCAGGUGCGUCUGCCUUUUAUUGACGAUGUUAAGUUUUAAUCCAAAUUGCAUGAAUUGUCAUUCUAGGUAUGGUAAGAAGAUAUUCCUGUGA